AUGAGCCAGCUCUACAGGACCUUCACCGGCCAAUCGCAAAAGUCCCAUCACUCGCAUCAAACAGAUGCCUCUACACCAACGCACCCAACCUUGUCAAGGACCAACACCGCAGACCCGUUGACGGGCACCCUCCACCACCUGACUCCGGUCCAGGAAGAGAAACUUGAGGAAUUCAAGGAGCGGCUGCUUAAAGCAGGAUGGUGGACACCCGAUGGAGUCAACGGGAAAGCGAGCCAUGAUGAUGGAACGUUGCUCCGAUACCUACGAGCCCGCAAGUUCGACGUCCAUGGCGCAAUCGGCCAGUUCACCGACACGGAGAAGUGGCUCAAGGACCAACGUGUAGAAGAGCUCUAUGAUCACUUCGACGUGGAGGCGUAUGAGAAGGCUCGGCUGAUGUAUCCUCAAUGGACCGGCCACCGCGACAAACGAGGCAUCCCCAUCUACGUCUUCUUGAUCAAAGGACUUGACAGCAAGAAUGUGCAAAAGUACCAAAAAGAGUCCCAGUCCUACAAAGACAGUCUGCCCUACCAUAAGAGCCUCUCCACUCCGGCCAAACUAUUACCGCUAUUCGCCCUUUAUCAGAACCUGCUCAAUUUCGUCAUGCCCUUUGUUUCCACCCUCGAACGACCCAAUCCCGAAGUGCCGGUAACAACUUCGACAAAUAUCGUUGAUAUUUCAGGGGUCGGACUUACUCAGUUUUGGAAUCUCAAGGCACACAUGCAGGAUGCUAGUGUCCUGGCCACUGCCCAUUAUCCAGAAACUCUGGAUAGAAUAUUUAUUAUCGGUGCCCCUUCCUUCUUCCCUACUGUUUGGGGCUGGGUUAAACGAUGGUUCGAUCCCGUCACCGUCUCCAAAAUCUUUAUCCUGGGCAAGCAUGAGGUGAAAUCCACCCUGUCCCAGUAUAUGGAGACCAAGGACUUUCCUAAACGAUAUGGCGGCGAUCUGGAGUGGGAAUGGGGCGAUCUUCCUGACCUGGACGACAAAACCCGAGCCGCAGUGGAAACGGAUGGGAACAAAGGUUGGGUGCCAGGCCCCUGUUUGUGGCUUGGGGGCCAGAGAGUUGUGGUCGGGUCAGUCAAUGGCAAGCUCAGAUGCUCGGAUGCCGAGGUCGAGAAGAAGAAACCCGUUGUCUAUGCUGCAGACUAUACCGAAACACCAGUACACCCGGACAAGAGGUUGUCGAAAACGUCAAACACACAUGCAAACAUGGCUAACGGGACAGCCUCAGCGCAUCAUAACGCUGAAGAAGCUGCAGUGGCGGCAGGGACAGACGGUGCAACGGCAGCAAACAUCAUCGCAGACCGAACGGAAUCAGAACAAGAACCCUCUUCCCCGUCCUCUCACCAUCAUCACCUCCUUCACCUCCCCCACCGCCACAGCCAUCAUGCCCAACCUCAUCCACCGGCUAUGCCUCAACCAGGCCCCGUGCCUGCGCACACCGUGGCCAUGACGCAAGCCGUUGCUGCCAAACUUGCGGACGAAUCCGUCUCGACCAUCCCCGCCACUACUAAUGAACACGCAGAGUCCCCAGAAGCGCACCCGGAAGUCAUUGUUGCGAGCGACACCUCUAUAGGCUUGGCGAUUGAGACGGAGAGAUUGACGCUUGUGGAGGAAGGGUACGAAAAUGGGAGAGCAGACAAAGAGGCCGACAUCCAACUCGAGCGACCAUCGAUUGAAAGAUUUGUGACGGCCACAGAAGUCACAAUUAUGCGAGGAGACUGA